AUGUCUUCGAAGAUGAUCGUGUUGAUGAGCUCCGAUGGUCAGUCGUUUGAGGUGGAAGAAGCGGUAGCAAUCCAAUCGCAGACCAUAGCGCAUAUGGUUGAAGACGAUUGCGUUGCUGAUGGAAUCCCUCUUGCAAACGUGGAAAGCAAGAUUCUUGUGAAAGUGAUCGAGUACUGCAAGAAACACCACGUCGACGAGGCUAAUCCUAUCUCUGAAGAGGAUCUCAACAACUGGGACGAGAAGUUCAUGGAUCUCGAACAAUCCACCAUCUUUGAACUCAUCCUUGCUGCGAAUUACCUCAACAUAAAAAGCUUGCUUGAUCUCACAUGCCAAACUGUUGCGGACAUGAUCAAAGGCAAGACUCCAGAGGAGAUUCGUUCAACUUUCAACAUUGAGAAUGAUUUUACACCUGAGGAAGAAGAAGCUGUUCGUAAGGAGAAUCAAUGGGCUUUUGAAUGAGCCCAUGAAUCAAAACCCUAACUAGCUUUCUUUUUCUUUUUUUCGUUUUUUAGUGUUUUCUUUUUAA